AUGAGCACUUAUCCCGUCUACUAUGAGAUCGGUGACGAGGUGGUGCCCGCACCCGCCAUCUCCAAGGCAUACCGCAUCUGGACAAUCGCGCUCGGCGUGCUCUGUGCCGCUGCAGCCUUCCCGUACGGCAUCUUCGUUCUUACUGUCAGUUCGUCCACGAAUAUCACCAAUAUCACCUUGUUCUACAAACCCUAUAACGGAUCAACUUUUGACCCCCCCAAGGUAUACUUCACCGUCUUCUUCUACCAAAACAAGGACAAGAAGUGGUUGGCGCAGAUGACCCAGAAGGUUCACAACGUCCCCCGGCCUACCACAGUUCUCACCGUGGACACUACACCGCUGUCACGGACCCCGACGAUCACAACCAGCCCCGUCGUCAUGGCUCUCAAAAAGGACACUUGGCCCGAAGACUUCAAGGCUCAGAAGAUCCUCGCGUCCGCCGACGUCAAGCUGAAGAACGCCGUGUAG